GCCUUCAAGAGUGCACUGAUGAGUUCCUACUGGUGCUCAGGGAAAGGGGAUGUGAUCGAUGACUGGUGCAGGUGUGACCUCAGUGCCUUUGAUGUCAGUGGGCUCCCCAACUGCAGCCCCCUUCCGCAGCCGGUGUUGCGGCUGUCCCCUACUGUGGAGCCCUCCAGCACUGUGGUCUCCUUGGAGUGGGUAGAUGUUCAGCCAGCUAUUGGAACCAAGGUAUCUGACUAUAUUCUACAGCACAAGAAAGUGGAUGAAUACACAGACACGGACCUGUACACAG